AUGGAUCCUCUGAAGCAAUACAUCUACCCUUUUGUUGUUGAAGUCAUUCUGCUGCCGGUUUUCACAUUCCUAGCAAGCACAAAGGGCAGCUGUUUGACUGGAGCAUUCUUUUUCACUCCUGCAAAAGGCGUGGUCGAUAACCACGCCCUUUAUGGUCACACGACUGCUAACUUCACUGCUCUAGAGCCAAUAGAUUGCUUUAGAGCAUGUCGGCUGGACUGUCGAUGUAUCUCGUUUAACUUUAAACAGAGGGAGAACAGGUGCCAGUUGAACGAUGAAAACAGACACACAAACUCCAGUGCUUUAGGAUUAGCGGAGGGUUGGCAAGGCCUUCCUAACGUUCGACACAUUGUCGGUUUCUGAAAGAAAAAUUAGAAUUUAAAAAAAAUCGCCUCUCUGAGCUUCAAAAAGUUCAGAACCAAAAGCAUGAUUUUCUUGAUUUUCUAAUCACGGUGUCUUUUAUGAUUUUUUCAAAUUUUCUACAGCAAUAUGCUCCACUCUGGAUUGGCUUCGCUUAA